AUGUUCACCAAUUGGCCAACACGGGAGCUCCCUGGGAUCACGAAGGCGUACAUUCUGGGCCAGUGGGCCUUCUGGCUACAGCAACUCAUCGUUAUAAAUAUUGAGGAGCGUCGCAAGGACCAUUGGCAAAUGUUAGCCCACCAUAUUAUAACAAUUCUGCUAGUUUACACUUCAUACGCAUUGCACUUGACUCGUGUGGCUAACUUGGUCCUGGUCUUGAUGGAUGUGGUUGAUAUAUUUUUCCCUCUCGCCAAAUGUUUGAAGUACCUCGGGUUUGGUACUAUGCGAGAUGUUAUGUUCGGCUUCUUCAUGCUUUCAUGGUUCCUUGCACGUCACGUCUUUUACAUUAUGAACAUGUAUCAUAUCUGGAUCUACAUGCCUGAAACUAUCAACCCCGGCUGUUAUUACAAGUCACAGGACGGUCUGAUGAUCGGCCCGACCCCACUGCCUAAACAGGGCUGGUGGCAUAUGCUGGAAGCGUUUCUUAACCCCUCUGGUACUAUUUGCUACAGCGAUGGGAUAAGGUGGGGUUUCCUUGGUGCCCUGGGCUUCCUUCAGGUUCUGACCUUACUUUGGUUUGUUUUGAUCCUUCAGGUGGCAGUCCGUGUCAUCAAAGGCAUCGGCGCUGAUGAUAUUCGGAGUGAAGAUGAGGACGAGGGCGAGUUGGAAGAGAGAGGGAAGAAAAUUCAAGGAGACCGAUCGCUAGAUCCAAGUGUUCAGGCGGUCAACCCAAUAACAUGGAAGCGAGGGAUUGACGCUCGUGGGACUGCGCAUUCGUCUUCAGUGGGCUUAACAGGGUCUUGGGAUCGAAAAGAACUGUUGGGCAGAAUUGGUUGUGAGAAACAUUGA